AUGAGCAGCUCGCUGCAGGGCGCCAGGCUUCUGGUGAGGAGUUACGGGGACACUUUAGAGCAGCAGAUCGUGGGACGGGGGUCCAGCCUGGCCUGCCGGGACGAGGAGCUGUGGCUGCGGGUGCAGGGAUGGCUGAGGGACGGAGACGCCCAGGAGACCCACUGUCUGGGCCUGGAUCCGCUCGUAGUCAUGGAGGAGUCGCUGAAAUCCGCCUGCAGCAGAAUCAAGAUGUACUCUGGGACGUUCACGCACUGCAUCGCGCCCGUGCUGUCGGCGUCCCAGGUCCACCAGCUCUUCGGGCUGUUGGGGUACCAGCUCAGCCCGUCCUGUCCGGAGCAGCUCUGUCUCCAGCCUCCCAGAGGCAGCUCCGCCUCUCUGGAUGACCUCCUGCACUUGUCUUGUGCCUUCUUUGUAGCCCGCUGUGAGUGUCACCUCCUUCUGAGCGCCCUGGGGAAGCAUGUCGGUGACACCCAGUGGGAGCUGAGUGUAGUCAGGGAGAGGCUGAGAGGAAGCAGCCUGCAGGCGGCCCUGGACAACACCAGGAAAACGCUGGAGGUCAGCCAACCGCCCACGGAGCUGAACGACGGGGAGGAGGAUCUGUACUUAGACGAGCAGGUCAACGGGGGGCAGAAAGAAGCCGUUGCCAGCGACGACGAGAGCCCCGGCCCCUCGAGCAAAGCGGCCAAGAGCGGCGCCUCACCCCUCCCGGUCCACAAACGCACCAACGGAGCGGCCUACGCGUCGCCCCCAAAGGAGCCCGACUCCACCCGCGGCUCCUCGGCCAGUAAGAGGCAGGACACGCCGCCCCCCCGCGAGUGGCCCGACAGGGGCGAGCAGCCGCAGGUCACGGCGGCGGGGAAGGCGGAGCCUAAAGACGGCCCCUUCUGCAGCUGCCCCCAGUCCUCCAACCUCCUGAUGCGGCGCUGCCUCGACUGCGACGCCCCGCACGACCUCAACUGUGCCUCCUUCUACGUGUGCGUGGCAAAGGGCCACCGGGUGUCCAUCGCCGACGGCCCGCAGGAGGCGGGGUCACCCCCACCGGGGUCGCCGUCGCCCGAGGGCGUCCCGGACGAUCAGACGGCGCCCGCCUCCCUCCGUCCAAUCAGCUUCCACCGGUGCUGCGACCUCACCCGGCCGGACCCGCAGGUGCUGUGCUACACCUGCAGGGCCUUCCACUCGGGCUCCUGCCGGGAGGGCAGGCCCUGCCAGCUGAGGCACCGCAGCAGAGAGCUGGGCGUGUGCUCCUGCGGGAAGCUGUGCUCCAGGAAGCCGCUGGUCCUCUGCAGGUACUGCGGGAACGAGCUCUGUAGCAACUGCUGGUACCGGAACCCCGUCACGUGCAGCUGUGGCCAAACGUUCGACCAGUCCACAUCCGUGUAA